AUGACAACAGACGAAGCAGAGAGUCACCAAAAGAAACCAAAGCAGCAGGAAGAGGCAGGCCAGGAUGCGAAGCCGUCUUCUCCAGAUGAGGAACACCUGCGGCCUCGCAACCGCAACUCUGCCGGCCGCGGACUCUCCCGCCUCUUCUCCUCCUUCCUAAAGAGACGCUCCCAGUGUGAAAGCGAGGGAGGUGGGAAGGAGGAAGAAGAAGCAAAAGCUCCCAUCGCUGACCCUGAACCUGAGCUGAAGAUUGAGGGAGAGGUGGCACAUGACCAGCACUCAGUUAGCAGCGGUGAAGCUCAGGCUGCCCAGGUAGACAAGAAAGAAGCUGCGGAAGAGGAGGGUGGAAAAGACAAAGAGAUAACCCAGGAGAAGGCAGAGGUGGCUACACUGGAGAAAGAGGAGGAUAACAAGAAGGAGGAGGAGGAGAAAGGGAAAGACGAGGGAAAAGAGGAGGGUGGAUUGGAAGGUAGCGUUAACGGAGAGAAAGAAGAAAUGGCUGCAGAAGAGGAGUCCAAAACCCCCAAAGCUCCACGUCGCCCCAAAACUAUGCAGAUUAAAGUCACCCUGCUGGACGACACUCUUUAUGAGUGUGAGCUGGAUAAACAUGCCAAAGGCCAGGAGCUGUUCACAAGAGUAUGCGACCACCUCAAUCUGCUUGAGAGAGACUAUUAUGGGCUGGUCAUCUGGGAGACACCCAACAUGAAGACUUGGAUGGACUUGGCCAAGGAUAUCCGCAGACAAGUGCAAGGUGCCAACUAUGAUUUCACUUUCAAUGUGAAAUUUUACCCACCUGAUCCAGCCCAGUUGUCUGAAGACAUCACAAGGUACUAUCUAUGUCUCCAACUGCGUAAGGACAUCCUGCAAGGGCGGCUGCCCUGCUCUUUUGUCACCCUGGCCUUGCUCGGCUCCUAUGCGCUGCAGUCAGAACUGGGCGAAUAUGACCCUGAGGUGCAUGGCAGUGAAUAUGCUAAGGAGAUGAAAAUGGCUAAUGGGCAGACCAAGGAGCUGGAGGAAAAGAUGAUGGAGCUCCACCACACUUACAGAUCAAUGACUCCAGCUCAGGCCGACCUGAUGUUCCUGGAGAACGCAAAGAAGCUAUCGAUGUAUGGAGUUGAUCUCCACCAGGCCAAGGAUCUUGAUGGUGUUGACAUAAUGCUGGGAGUUUGCUCAAAUGGUCUGAUGGUUUAUAAAGACAAACUGAGGAUAAACCGUUUCCCCUGGCCCAAAGUCCUGAAGGUCUCAUAUAAGCGCAGCAGCUUCUUCAUCAAAAUACGCCCAUCAGAGGUUGAACAGUAUGAGAGUGCUAUAGGCUUCAAACUACCAAACUACAAAGCAGCCAAAAAACUUUGGAAAGUAUGUGUAGAACAUCACACCUUCUUCAGGCUGACAUCUACUGAGAUGGUCACAACUCCCAGGAAGUUUCUAGCACUGGGCUCAAAAUUUCGCUACAGUGGUCGAACUCAGGCUCAGACCAAACAGGCCAGCUCUCUCAUUGACAGGCCAGCUCCUCUUUUCCAGCGCACUUCCAGUAAGAGGAACUCCCGCAGCAUGGAUGGAGCCAUGGCGUCCACUCCAGACAACAGGUCAAGUCGCCCAGUCAGCGCACCCAUCAUGUCACCAUUGUCUCCUGGGGAAAACACGCCAUCGCCGCUGUUACACACCCUUCAUUUUGCCAACCGCAGCAACAGCUCCACUCCUAAACUGCACCGCUCUGCAGACAGGAAAGCAGAAAAUAAGGGUCAUAGUCGGAAGACUGCUUCCACCAAAACCCAGAGCCCCAGACCAGAGUCCACUCCAGAAAUUAAGCUGUGUCUGUACUACCAGACAUUGGCCAGGAGAGAACGGAGACGUUCCCCCUCUGUGACCACUGCCAAUGGGGAACGAGAGAAAAAGACUCAGCACUCUCCUCAGGACAAAACAAAAAUGGAGAUGAUGCGCGUGAGGAAGAAACGAGCUAAGAAACUUGAGGGUGAAACAAUUUAUAUCAGACAUAGCAAUUUAAUGUUGGAGCUUAACCCUAAAGGCUUGGCAUGCACCAUUUUCCUCUCUGACUCUAAUGAUGUGGAUAAGACUCAGACCGAGAUCAUGCGUCACCACACCAGUAUCAGUGAGCUAAAGAGGAGCUUCAUGGAGUCUGUACCAGAACCUCGCCCCAGUGAGUGGGACAAGCGUCUUUCCACCAACUCGCCUUUCCGCACAGCAAGCAUCAAUGGCCAACUGCAACCAGCGUCCCCAGUACUGAAGACCCAGACAAUCACCAUCUCAGAUGUUACCAACUCUCUGAGAGGAACAAUGGCCUACAAAGACAUCCCCUUAGUUCAUACGGAGACCAAAACAAUUACAUACGAGUCAGCCCAGCCUGUGGACACCUUGGCAGAACGAGAUUCAGGAGUGCUGCUGAGCGCUCAGACGAUCACAUCCGAGACAAUCAGCACCACUACCACUACCCAGAUUACAAAGACGGUGAAAGGAGGAAUCUCAGAAACCCGCAUUGAAAAGAGGAUCGUUAUAACUGGAGAUACUGAAAUCGAUCACGACAAGGCUUUGGCUCAGGCUAUUAAAGAAGCAAAAGAACAACACCCAGAUAUGUCGGUCACCAAAGUGGUUGUCCACCAAGAAACAGAGAUUUCCCCUGAGUAA